GCCUAGCAGUCGAAUAAGUCAUUCCUUUCCCUACACACGCAUAUUCAGUUUUCUCUGUUGUAAACCUUAACUCUUUCCAAAUUCGUUUCAAAAUAGGGAAGAAAGUACGGUCUAAAUUUAUGGGAUUUAAGUUCGUAUCCUAUGUUGUUGAACAGUGUUUUAGCCUUAUACUAGUUUUUAAACUGUAAAAUAUUACUACAAUUUCUCCCUUAAUUACUUUGUCAAUCGUGACGGCCAUUUAAGAAGUUAGUGUCCGUCAUCCAGUGUUGUAAAUCUUACGAAACCACAAAUACUUGGAGACUCAGUUGUCAUGAAGACCUGGUGGAAAUGAAACUCACAAUGUCAAGUCUUGCAAGAGAUUUUUAAAUGGUUGUCCUAAGAUUGUGCUAAAACAAGGACAAAACACCGAGGAAAGCAAAUGGCCAUGGCAGCCGGUGCCAACAAUGCGGAAGCUGAACGGGCAUUCAGUCGAGCUCAGUUAAAACUGAAUCUUAAUCUUCCAUCCAUUGACACUCCUCGAAGUCUAAGCGAUCUCCAGUCAAUUGCCCAAGAGAUCCAACGCCAAAAGAAUGAAGUUCUCUGCCAUUUAAAACAUGAAGACAAAGACCGUCACAGCUACUUCACACAGUUAGAGCUCCUGGCUCGGCAAAUGAGGGAAUUACCAUUGCCAACCGACUCGCCAACGCUAGAAUACGAACUAGAGCGGACGCGAUUGGAGUUGGAGACCCAACGGAUGCAAGAUCGGAUGCUGAAGACGUUGGGUCCCACGAGUGAAGUGGUACGCCGAAGGGAAGAGCGUAUUCUUCAUCUCCGAAAAUUAGACCAGAAAUUGGCUGAAAUUAAUACGCUUAUCGUCAAUCACGUUGGCAAAAGCGAAGCUGCAGCCAGUGAUCUUUGCCAUACGACAUCAACUUCCCCCGCAUUGCCUGGAGAUUGGACAAAUGACAAAGAUAUUUGGCUCAGUGGCUCCAGUCUCGAUCUUCACCAUGAAGAAAAAAACGGUCAUUCGGAUACCGCAAGUGUUAUGAGUUUCACGUCGAGCAUCCAUUCGAGCCACGGUAUUUCGGGUAGUGGUGGCAGCGGAAGUUUGCUCUCAGACAGGACGCAAAAGCCUCCCAUGGGUCCAAAAGUAGAAGUAGUCUACAAUUUGUUAACAAUGCUAUUCUCCCACGAUCGUCACAACGUUAGCCAGAAGCUGUUACAUAUGUCAGCCAACCCAGAAACAAGAAGUACCCUCCACCAAGUUGGCUGUAUUCCGCUGCUGGUUCAGCUUAUUUAUAAUCAGGAUGGUGGAGGCGAAUCAAAUAAUCAAGAUCGGGCCAACCCUAGUAAUGCCACAGCUAAUAGCUGGAUGUUGACAGAAGCUGAUAAAGAAACGAGAGCAAGUGCGGCGCAAGCCCUUCACAAUUUAGUGUACAACAGCGCUGACGAUCGUAAAGUCAAAAGAGAAAUCAGAAUCCUUAAACUACUUGAACUCAUUCGUUCCUAUGCCGAUCGGCUGAGAGAUGCCAUCAUGCAUCAACUGCAUCAUCACGAUCAGGAGAUUGAUAAUCGCCUCCCGCUGCUCCUAGAUGAUGACAUGGAUAGCCAUCCAUGCGCUGUGGUGACGAAUCUAAUGAAGCUGUCGUUCGAUGAUGAUCAUCGUCAAGCCAUGAGCCACCUGGGAGCUCUUCAGGGUCUGUCGGAAUUGCUGCAUCUGGACCAGUUGGCGCACGGGUCGCUGUGUGACGAUACACAGUGCACCACGCUGCGUCGCUAUGCCAGCAUGACGUUGACCAAUCUCACCUUUGGUCACGGUCCCAACAAAACCCUGCUCUGCUCCACGCGACCGCUUUUAGCCGUCCUUUCUCACCAGUUAGCCUCGCCUAACGAUGAUUUGAGACAAGUGACAGCCAGCGUGUUGCGUAAUCUUUCGUGGAGAGCCGACAGUGCCAGCAAGGAUGCACUACAGCAAACAAACGUUGUUCAAUCACUGAUCACAAUGUCGAUGGAAACGCAUCGAGAAUCGACCUUAAAAUCAAUGUUGUCGGCUCUUUGGAACUUGUCAUCGCAUUCCAGCUGCAAUAAGGCCACCAUUUGCGCCACACCAGGAUCAUUAGAAUUCCUUGUCCGUACGCUGACUUACAAAUCAGAGUCUAAAACCUUGUCCAUCGUCGAAUCUGGCGGGGGUAUUGUGAGAAAUAUCUCCAGUCACAUCGCGACUCGCGAUGACUACCGAGCUUCGUUACGACGGCACGGAUGUUUCCAAAUUCUGCUCCAUCACCUACGUUCACCUAGCUUGACUGUAGUGAGCAAUGCUUGUGGAACCCUGUGGAACUUGUCCGCGCGUUGCAAGGAAGAUCAAUCGACGCUACGGGAUCUCGGCGCGAUUCCCAUGUUGCGCAGUUUAGUCCAUUCAAGACACAAGAUGAUUGCGACUGCGUCAUCAGCUGCCCUCAAAAACCUGGAAUCGGCUGGAUUCGGCAGUAGCAAUGGCUCUCUGAGUAACAGCGGAAACGCAACGAGCCAUAACACUUCACUACAGGCUCGUAAGCAGAAAGCCCUGGAACAAGAGAUAGAUCAAACGCUAACGGAAAUGUGUGACAACAUCGAUCCGCUCAGCCCACUGGAUGAACCUACUGGCGUCAGUCCCUUUGACAGGCGGAUGUAUCGCUCUCUGGGUGGCCACAAUACCACCAGCCUUUAUGGCAGGUCGUCCACAGCACCGACGUUGGUGCCAAAAAGUGGAUCGACACCCAUCCGACCUGUCCGUUCAUCAAGCUUGGAGCGCAAGAAUGCAACGGGAGACAUAAUCGCUUCCGUCGGCGGUACGGUCCGCCCAAGAACGAUGGCCGCACCCCCAUCGACAACGGCCAGCCCAGCAGUAGCAAUGGGAUCCCGUUUACAAGUAACUCGAACGGCUUGGCAUUCACACGAGAAUGAGAUUAGUUACACAUCCCUCAACUACGAAGAAGAUGAUCAACCAGUCAACUACAGCCUCAAAUACACAGAAGAAGUGGUUUCCGUCCCUGUGGCAGCGCACUGGACACCGUCCAGGCCACCUAAACCUCUUGUAGAUGGAGACAACAACCCCGAAGGAUCGGAUUCGGUACUUCAAACGGCAGAUCAGAUGGAUUCGAGCACCGUCAAGAAAGCCAUGGUCUUGUCUGCAUACCGCGAAACGGAUUUGGAUGAACCCGAACGUCCGACAGACUUUAGUUUGCGCUAUCCAGAUGAAGAGGAAGAUUAUGCCGCCGAUAACGAUACGAUGCAGACGUAUUGCAUGGAGGGCACUCCCUAUGAAACGCCGUUCACAAGGUCCAGCGCAGCUUCACUUACUGAUCUCCGUGAGGCUGGACUGGAAAGCCCAAAGAUGGAGCAAGAUGACACGACUGAAAAAACUACAGGGCUUGAAAACAAACCUAAAGAGGAAGAUAAUGAUGAAGAAGAAGUUGACGGAGAUAAAGUUGAAGGGAAAACACCGCCGAUGCCCCGUCGUUCACAGCCAACGAAUAAGGAGAGCAAAACGGUCACGUUCAACACGACGGCUGAUUGUGAAAUCAACUAUUCCGAACAGCAAACCCCGCUCAUGUUCUCUCGCUCCAGUUCUCUGGAAUCGUUGGAUAGCUUAGAUCAACAGCAAAAUUGCCAUGACGAAGGUUCGGUUGUUAGUGAGUUUAGCCGAUUGACAAGUCGUGCUGUCUCGCCCAGCGAAUUACCCGAUUCACCGGGUCAAACAAUGCCGUCAAGUCCUCGUCGAACGCAAGCUCAUCAUCCGCAGCAGCAAGAUCAGCAAAAUCAACAGCAGCAACAACAACCACAACAACAACAGCAGCAGCAGCAGCAGCAACAACAACAACAGCAAUUGUCAGAACCUCUUCAACGUGUUCAGCAUGUUGAUGGUGUGUUUGAUGACUCCACAAAUAAUUUUGGAAUGGAGGGCACGCCCGCUUUCACUCGAGCGGCCAGCCCACUGAGUCAGCUGUCCUUUGACGAUGAACCUUCCUCGCCAACAGACCCGACUCCAAUGCCUCCCCCUCCUCCUCCUCCUCCUCCUCCAGUGGUUGUCGCAAGUCGACCUCCGUUGCCUCUUCCGACAUCUGUGCAGGCCACUGCGCCUUCAACUGCCCAGCUUGUUAAUCCUAUUUUUAACCGGGUUGUUCGAUCUGCGUCGGAAGUCAAUUUCCGCAGUACUUUCGAUUACGACGAGCCUCGACGUUUCAACGAAGAAGACAGUCCCGCUCUCACACGAUGGACCAGUCUGAGUUCAUUGCAUAUUGACGGCGAAGUCAUUAGCACGGCCAAAUUAUUACCACUCAGUCACGGAGUUGGUAACCUAAAUUCUGCGCACUUAACCGAAAGAAAAUUGGAGCAAACAGUCAAAGUUGAAGUCGUAUCAAUGGCCGCUGCCUCCGACCCUGUCCCAAUCGAGUCCAAUGAAUGGAGUGAAGAGAGCGGCAGCGAAGAUGAUUUGCUACUGGAAAUUAUAACGCAAGGAAAACCAACAAGUCGGCAGCCCGCACCUCAAACACCGAAAACCAGUAAACCUCCAGCCCCGGAAAUUGUUGCACCGUCUGAGGUCCGUCCAUCUAUUGCGAAAUCGGUUAGUGUUCAGGAUUUCUCUGAGCCCAAUCGUGGGUCAGGCAUCCCGCCGAGCCAGAGCAUCGAUUCGUCCCUGGCAAAAUCCAACAUCCGCGAUACUGGAAGUGAUAUCGAAGACGACGAUGAUGACGAUGACGAUGAAAUGCUCUACGCCUGUAUCAGGUCAGCCAAACCAACAGCCAAACCUGUGCCUCCUCCAAGAACAUCGAGCAUAUCCGCCAAGUCAACAUCAGCAGCGCCGUCAACGUCCAAUGGUGUUCAAAAGAGCCGGCCAUCUCGCCCGCCAAUGGAACUACCUAAAUCGUCAACAUCCUUUAAAGAAAGAGUUCCACCUCUUCAUGGCCCGUUUUCUAACGUCCGGCAAAUGGCAAUGCGGGUCAAAAGCACCUCCGAAGUUUCGCGACCGUCUGGACGUCGUUCUCGACAUUCAAGUCAAGGCUCUAGUCGCAUGGGAGCUAGCGGAUGCAGCAAUAACACGAGCGUCGAUUUGGAUUAUCGCUAUUCUUACAAGGUUGAGGACACGCCCGUCACAUUUUCACGCAACAGCUCGUUAAGUUCACUCAGCGUGAACUCCAACGAUGACGAACCAUCGGCGGAAGAUCAAGCUCUCUUGGACAGUUGCAUUAGCUGGGGUAUGCCUAAAUCGAAAAGUGAUUAUCUUGAUGGCCGUUCCGACCAAAACAAGAAAUCCAAAUCGGCCAAAACUUCAGGGGCCAAGAUUCCAACCAGCCAAAGCUGGACGGGUGGAAUAAGACGAGCUGGGGAUGGCCAAGCCAGUGCCUCCCCAUCAACUGUAACUGUCACGACCAGCAGUUCAUUUUCUGCUUUCUCUUCAUCGGCCGGAAAUUUUACAGGAAACCUAGUCGAUCCAUCAGACAUUGCAAUCAAAUUAGAAGAGCCGGACCCAAAUAGUUCUCCAUCCAUGACGCAUUCGUCGCUCAUUCGUCUUGAAGCGAAUCAGAUCGCAGCCCAUAUUCAAAGUCAAGAUUCUUUGGAUGGAUCGUCUCAGUCCAACGAUCUCGAACACUUCCCAUCUUUGACGUCUAGUUUCAUCGAUGGAGCCGCAAGCUGGACAGAUACUUCUAAGAAGUCACCUUCUUUAACUAGAAAAUCCUUAACUUGUCAAACGGACAGCAAUCGAGGACGAACUCCAGUCAAUGGAGCUAAUCCUCUUUUAAAACAAGCUCUCUCUUCGGCCUUGGUGAUAUCGACCGAACAGUCCAACAUGACAACCAGCUCCAGUGCCUCAACUUCCUUCCGCAUCGAAAAUACUAAACCACCCGCAGAACUGAUGACGUCUAGGGUGACAGAUUCGUUUGCCAGUUUGACUUGCAGCGUCUUAGAUCCCACCUAUUUUGACGAUGAACAACGUCGAGAAGGAUUACUGACUCAGCUGGCCAUUAUGGAACACGCUGUCGACGAAAAUGCCAACACGGACGACAGUGUGUCUUCGUCGCCAACGGGAGAGAGGCGGAAGCUGACGCCACGUGAUAGACGCCAGACCGAUAAAGAACGUUAUCAGACGUACACUCUCAACGCCAAUUCGGUGGAAGAGAGUGUCGAAAACGGGUUCCGCGAUGCCAUACAGAACAACUGUGAAGAAACGAAGAAGACGGCCAAGCAACGUCGGUCCUCGGAACGCGAACGUUUCAUGACGCAGACUAUAAGUUCUUCCACCACUGGAUCUGAUGGGGAUGUGUCUGUGGGAAAGACAGAAGUUGAAUCCGCAAACCAGAAAAGUAUGAGUGCCUCAGAAUUAUCCGCCUUAGAAAUGGAUGCCAAAGCCGUGAUUCGCACCUUGAAAGAGGAGGUGAAACUCAGCCGGAAGAAUAGCAAUUCUUCCGAAUUGAUAAGUGAAGAAUGCAUGCUGGAUUGCGAAACUCUUAGUCUGGUGUCCAACGAAUCAGAAUCGGAUAGAUCCCUAUGUCUUCGAGUAAAGCAGAUGGCAUUGCAUCAAGAAGGACUGGAGAACAAUGAAGGAGGAGAUCUACGGAAGACCAAGAUCGUCCGACCGGAAGAUCAGAAAUUCUUGGAAGACCCUAUGGCAAUCAAAGGAAUUCGUGGCCGUCGUCGAGUCUUGUGCCCAGUCCGUGUCAUUCCAAUUAAUGGACCCAACAGGCCUGUGGUGAACACAUCGCCCCCGCAACAACAACAGGCACAAGCAACAACAAUCAUUUCUCCAGCCAAAAUCAAUGGAAGCAAAACCACCCCUGUAUCACGAGCAGCUCAGUCUCGUGGUCGAAGCGCAAGUCCAGCUAGUCCAAGUCCAGUCCGUCCUAAUCGGACGUCAGCAUUACGCCAGAAUACAACGCAGUCACAAAAAUCAAAAUAUCCUUCAGUUCCUGUUCUUGAGUCUCAAGUCCGAAUGAGGUCAAACAGUAAAAGUCCACGUGUCAGCAGUGCUCCGUGCAGUCCACGGCAGCUUCCGGUGGUGGAACAAGAUGCAAAGCAGCUCAAGAGACGCUCGUUGGAAAUGGCUUCAAAGGCUUCAGUCGCUUCCCUCAAAUUGACCCCACCGAAAUCGGAGAGUGUACCCGCCAUCGACCCCCAACAUCCACCUCUCUCAAGUCUGGGCAAACAGGGAACGUUCACGAAGGAGAAGUCGUCAUCCCCGGAAGGUGUCGCUGCUAAAGAAGAAGAACAAUCGAUCAAAAUUCCUCCAAAGGUUCCGCCAAAACCGAAAAUCACUCAAGUAGCCAAACCAGCUCUACCGAAGAAGCCCAGUCGAUUCAAUAACGGCCCGAGUCCUCUCUCAUCGCCACGGUCUAAAGGCAGUCCAGCUUUGAGUAGGCGCUCGGUUAGCAGCGCCAGCAUCGGUUCCGAUUCCACAUCGGCGACGACAACUUGGAGUGGCAUGGAUGACCAAACGUCUGCGACACCCCCGCAGAAGCGCACUCCACCGAAAAAAGUUGUGACUAGCAAAAUCGCUAGUUUGUGGAAACAAGUGGAAGAGAGCCGCAGUAAGCAAAAAGCCGAACAGCCGGACGUGAGGAAAUGGAUCAGCCGAGGUGAUAGUGCCAAGCCAAGCACGGAAGAUAAAUCUGUUGGCACCGGGUGCAGUCCCGAUCAAACGCCAAGACCCAUCGUGUCAAGUGGAACGUUCGAGAAAUUGAGUUCCUUCUCCAAUACUCAGCAGGUGCCGGUUAUCUCACCGGUCACCGUGAAUAGCCCGUCUAGUGAUAAGCGAUCCCCACCGAGUCGGCUACCUUUCCGGCUUCCGCGUUUCGGACGAUCCAGCAGCCAGUCGAGUACGCCUACUACUCCAACCCUUCCUACUCCCCCAUCACCAGGUUUUGAUGUUGCAAACUCUUCUAGUGCCGAAACGGAAGAUAAGAGAAAAUUCCGCGUUACCGCUCUUUAAAGCUUCCAGAAUAUGGAUACUUCACAUUAAUCAACUACCCAAUACUCCAUGUCUUCAACUUUAGCUGUUUUACUUAAUAGUCUCUGUUUUCGUUUAUUUUUUCUCUUGCCAUCUUGAUACAAUACAAAAUGAAAGGAUUGGUUUUCAAACUA